UAUCGAUACUGGUAAUAUUUCUUCGAGCUGCGAUUUUUAGGAAAUAGAUACAAGUUUCCAUACGAAAGGCUCUAGGCUGUUCCUGCUUGACAAAUAUCACCACGACCCACAACUUCGCGUCUCACCCCGUUUGUGGGUACUGCGGCAUCAAGUUUAUGAAUUGACGCUUGAAAAUAGAGUCAACUUAAAGUAAUGAACUUUGCAGAUGAUUAGCAUCUCUUGCCUUAAGCCCUCCUGUCACGACUUCUACUCCCGAUCGUUCAAACCUGUUAUCACCAGCAGGAGCUGUGCGGCAAAGGAAUUUUGUUCCCCGCCCCGCCAUGUGCUUCGUGGAUGCAAGCGCGAGAGAUAAUAGCUCGGCGCAUUAUCAAAUGGGUCUUGGAUCGAGAUAGUCAACAUGCAUCUCUUUGUGACACGAAAAUCCUGAACGCCCCUUUGCCCUAGUCUUCCGUGCCUUCGAAAGACGAAAGUAAAUUGGACACCAAAUACAGUUCAGCAGCCCCUUGCAACUGUCACUAUUGCCUCUAUCUUCCUGUAUCUUAUAUAACUCGAGUAGCAUCGUCGGUGUCUCAGACUUGUUUUUCACCAUUUCACAAACUUUGUGCUAUUGCCAAAAUACUUGAAAACUACCCACUUGGCCCCCAACUAUUCUUCCAACGAGCAGUAUGAAGAUCUCCUCCUAUGAUAAAAUGCUUCCAGCAAUCCUCGUAAUGAAUUAUCGCUAUUAUCCAAGUUCCACCAACUCCGCAGCUAAAGUUGGGGCGACUGCUUUUGCGUUACAAGUGAUACGAGUUCUAGAGGAUGCGGGGCUGUUUGGCGGGGUGAUUCUUUAUGAUCGUCAGGAUCACUUAGUGGCGCCAGUUGUACAGCUCAUGACAAAGGACUCAACACCAUGUGUCAAGCUAUCUUUUAGCUUCAACAUGAACACCGUACAAGUUCGAUAUGCCUUAUACGCAUCCACAGCUCUACUUGUUGCAACAUUCUCAGAGAGCCUACCACCAAUGCUUUAUUACCAAACCGACACGCUCCUUAGAUACCACCCGAAGCGUUUACCCUAUUGCGUGACCCACCACGGUCCUUUCUAUGGCGACUUUACUCGCCACUUUACAAGAGAUCUCGCUGCUAUAGCAUAUGGCUCUGAGAAUAAGGCUUCUCAUCUGGAGGCUACCCAAGAGGAGGGCUUGAGACAUCUAAAAGCCUCUGAUCGUGCCUAUGUUCUACAGCAUUCCAAUAAACAAGGUGAAUAUCUCAUCGAACGAGGUAUUGAUGCCAUGCGAAUUCGAGCACUCAAUCCACCAAUUCACUCGAUGAAGAUAUACAGUCAUCACAAAAUGAGCGAUGUCAAGGAACUUACAUCCUUCUCAUCGAGCAAAAGAACCCUGAUCUUCACCGCAGUUGCUCGUCUAGAUUACUUCAAAAACGUAGAGUUAUUGAUAGACUCAGCAGUAUCACUUCUUGAUCGUGGUAAAUUCGUGCGGUUGUUGAUAGUGGGAGGUGAAGGGAUCUCAGAUAUAGCAUCAUCGAGAUUAUUAGCCCGAGUCCCACAAAAGCAUAUCGCUCAUGUCAAGAUCACUUCUAAAAUCCCGAAAGACGACAUGUAUGCGUUGUUUGAAUAUGUACAAACACACGGAAUAUUCGUUUGUACAUCGCGCUAUGAGACUUUGGGGAUCACGCCACUCGAGGCAGCUCUGAGCGGUGUGACCACACUGAUGCCUGACUGCAACCUCGUUGAAGCUUCUCGCUAUUUCCCUUCUCGCUAUCGCUUCGAUCCCACAGUAUGCGGACUUUCGCGAGCAUUGGAAGAUUUUCUUCGGCAGGGGCUAGGGGUCACUGGCGCGGAACUGCAGCGUUUCAUUAACAGCUUAAUUUCAGAGGAGAGAUUCGUUUACGACCUGCUGACUGCGUGGUCUGAGUUCUCGCAGCAUGCUCUCAAAGUUUUAGCCACUUCAAACAGUACUGCUUCCAACAAAACCACUCGGCCAUUGAAGAUCAGAGGUCGGCGAUAUUCCAUGUAACUUUUGGAAGUAUCUUCUUUUGUAUUUAGCCAAGUCCAAAAAGGCCUGUUUCCAUGCGUUUCGAUAGGUGUUUGAUAAUAGCAAAGCGGGGUUAGCAAUAGUGAUAUAUAAUUUUAAAAUCGAGGCAUUAUCUCGCACUUCUUUGUUUCUGUAUUGAUUGGCUAUUGCCGAUUCUCCAUAAAUUCCAUAUCAAGCCGUUUGAGUCGGUUCUUUACAUAUGAUGUCACGUUAUCAUGGGCAUUUUCGAGGCUGAUCAAAAUGGUGCUUCGAUGAGAUAGUUACAACAAGCUAAACCCUGAUCGCCAACACCACACGUCAAACCCUAGGGUGGUAGUAAUCAGAAAUAGAUAGAGAAGUAUUCAACAUGGAGAAAAAGAACUCAAUAGGCCCAAGCCUAUGAGCAAACUAGGCUAAACAAAUCCUAGACAUGCCUUCUACGUACCAAUUGUCUUACAAGGCUUGUAAGAAUGAUAGUUCGCUCGAUUCCGUGGGCAUUUGAGCUGUGUCGAAGUACUCCCGCGGGAUUAAGAAAAGUUCUUUCAGAUUUGGAAAUUAGGCAUGAUCA